ACAUCAAGAUCAAGAACAGCAGCGCCGCGAGGAGGGUUGGAAAGGGGGACCGAUAAACUCUUAUUAAACACCUGAUUGCAUCUACCACUGACGGGGCUCUGGAGGCCGUGGUCCCACAGCCUAACUAGCCCCAUAAAACACUCAAGAAGAAGACCUGAGAGGCGAUACAAAUCGGAACGGUUCAAAAGAAGAAGAAGCCACGGUGUUGUGUACGGGACUUGAAGCGCUGUCCAGAUUACUAGUGCAAGAGUUGACCAGUAUCGUAACUCAUCCCUUUCUUCAUCUCUUCCCCGCUACACAAUGCUUUCUGUUCGAUAGCCAGGCCCCUAAAACAUUGAAGAAGAAGCAGAGACUCGACUCGCGGGGCUGUCACAGAGUUUGGUCUGGCCUCAAAUACAAGAGAAAGGAAAAGGCACAGUUGAAAAGUACACUUGUCUUCCAGCUUCCCUUCAAAAUGGCUAGAAAUGCAGAAAAGGCAAUGACAACUCUCGCAAGGUGGCGUGCAGCACAGGAAGGCGGGUCACAGCAGCAAAAGACUCGCCGCCCAUACCUGGCCUCUGAGUGCGAGGACCUACGAGAAGCAGAGAAAUGGAGAAACCAAGUGAUCUCAGAGGUGGCGAGGAAGGUCUCCCAAAUACAAAAUGCUGGCUUGGGGGAGUUUCGGAUUCGAGACCUAAAUGAUGAGAUCAACAAGUUACUGAGGGAAAAGGGCCACUGGGAGGUGCGUAUCAAGGAGCUGGGUGGCCCGGAUUAUGGCCGGGUUGGCCCCAAAAUAACAGACAUGGAUGGACAGGAGGCUCCAGGCAACAGAGGCUACAUGUAUUUUGGAGCUGCCAAGGACCUUCCUGGUGUGAGGGAACUGUUUGAGCAGGAACCACCUCCACCACCACGCAAGACUCGAGGGGAACUGAUGAAAGACAUUGAUGCUGACUACUAUGGCUACCGGGACGAUGAUGAUGGGGUCCUCAUUCCUCUGGAACGACUGGAGGAAAAGAAAGCCAUAAAAUCAGCCAUCAAGGAAUACAAGACCAAAAAGCUGAUAUCAAUGAGUGAAAAUGAAAAUCAAGAAGAGGCAUCAGAGCAAAUCAGGAUGGAGGAAGAGGAGGAUGAAGAUGAGAGUGAACAGAUUUCACCAGACGAGACGGAUGAGAGGUCAGAGGUGGCUCGCUUCAUGGCCCAUGUCCCCAACAUUCCCUCUCAGGCAGACAUUGAGGCGGCCUUAGUGGAAAGGAAAAAGAGGGAGCUCUUGGAAACCUUUCUUGGAGACUGAAGCUUAUAUUUCAGAAAGGCUUUAUGGAGGCAGCUCAAGGGCAAGAAACAAGAGCAGGAACAAAAAGGCCCGUUAGACGCUGCUCCAGUGAAAGAAAACAGAACGAGAGUCCAAAAGAGAGAUCAGUUACGUAUGGAGAGGUGAUCCGAUACUCUCCUCUUGAAAGCGUUCAAGUCGUAGGGAGGAGGAAAUACAGACUGAUACACCCUAAACAGAUACUCAGCAAAUAUUGUAAUAUAAAUAUAAUUUUUUGGAAAGUCCAAUAUUGCUUGAUUUUCAAUGAGGAAAACUUGUAUCAGUCAUUUAUUUUCUCUCGUUUACCAUUAAAUAAAACAACGAUAAUGAUCAACUACAUUUUUAUUACCAAUAGUAUCACCUGUUGUGCUGAGAUGGAUGAGUGGAAUGACAGGAAAGGACAGGAUUAAGAAUGAAGUCAUAAGAGGUACAGUUAAGGUAACAAGUGUGGGUAAGAAGGUGCAGGAAGCGAGACCGAGAUGAUUUGGUCAUGUCACGAGGAGAGAGGAAGGGAGUUGUGAAAGGCAGAUAAUGGACAUGGAAGUGGGUGGCAGAAGGAGGAGAGGAAGACCCAGGACGAGAUGGAAGGACUGUAUUGUGGCGGACGGCAGGGAGAAGAACUUGGACAGUUUUAACGCAAACUUUAUUUUUCUAUCAUUAUUUGUUGAGGUACGAGAGCUUGGGGCUUAAAAAUGAUAAAUACAAUGUAGUGAGUACGAUAAUCUGGCAACGCUGGCUCCUGCUCAUAUUACUGACUGGCGUCUCACACCAUAUUUCUGGCUGAUUGGCUGGGAGCAACAAGUUCAGUGCACCAUGGAUGACUUUCCACACGUUACAAUCUCUGCAGAUUUGGGCCACUGGUCUGCUGAGGUUUGUUGCACAGUGAACCAUUUUAAAGAUCUUAGAAUGUUUUUCUCUAAAUACUUAUCCAAAAAAUGUCAUGUUGGGAUAUAAAAUUGUAGUGCGGCGACGGCCUAAGUGGGUUAUGGGAGGCUCGUUCAUCAGGCAUAGUCGCCGCACUACAAAAUGCCCUGGACAAACACUCGUUGGACUGUAUAAGGCCACUGUAUAAGGGCUUGUCUUUCUUUGUAUUGUGCCUGCAUCUCAUGUGUGGGUGACUUCCACACAUACAGCCCUUUUGGACAGAGUGGAGUCAAAGGGUCUUCAUCUAAUCAACUCCCCUCCUCUUACUAACAGUCUCCUACCUCUUAAACUCUAUCAUGGUGUUGCCACUCUUUCUAUCUUUAUUGAUAUUUUCAUACUGACUGGUCUGCUGAAUAUGAUAACUGCAUGCCUUAACCCCUCCCAGCUACACACAACUUUCUACUCUUGCUCAUUCUUUUGAUCCAAAUCCCUUAUGCAAGAGUUAACCAGCAUCUUCAUACUUUCAUCUCUUUUACUGAUAAUCUCUGGAACAUCCUUCCUCCAUCUUUAUUUUCUCCUCCCUAUGACAUGAACUCUCAAGAGGAGAGUAUCUAGACACAUGUCAAAACUGACCUCUCCUGGGCAUUCAUUUUCUUUUCUUUCAAAGGAGUAGUGCACAGCAGGCUUUUUUAUUUCUUUAUUUUUGUUGUUGCCCUUAAGCUGCUUCUUAUGCUGUGAAAAAAAAAGGCCUCUUCACCAUUGGGGAGGUGGUGGCUGAAUGGAUAGCGUGACGGCACCACGUUCAGGACGACGCGAGUUCAAUCCCCGCCCGGUGCCACCAAGCUGGGAUUUUUCAGCCACCGACGAGUGGCUUAAAACUACCCACAGGCUGUCCAGAAGACCACCUAUCAACCCAGACUAGAUUCUAGGAUUAAAGAUGAGCUCUGGGAGGGCAGCAUGAGCCAAUGCAAGAUGGCGCCACUAUAAACACUUGCCUGCGCCAGAAUGGGCUGGGCUGACCAUCAGGCCCCACCGGGAAGAAGCCUUGGGCCGACCAUCAGGAUCCAUUGGGAAGAAGUCCACCGGCGCAAUAGGCCACGACGUAAAAAAAAAAAAAAUAAAUAAAAAAAAAAAAAAGUGUGCAGCUUGGCUCAUUUGAAGCAGUUGAAGCAGUCUUUACUUACCUUAAAUUUCAUUUUCUGUCACCAUUGGGGUGCAAGCUUCUUGCCUUGGGUCCCUGGACAAGUGAUGUCUUCACUUGGAUGGGAAUGCUGUUGGUUGUAAUCAUGUUGCUCAGUUGUAUAAGGAUUGUGCAAUGACCCUCAACCACUGAAUGCUACCAGAUAUCAGUAUGCUCUAUCAUCUACAAAGUAUGUGGCCAUCAAGAGGAUGCCAUCCUACAGAAGACUCGUGUUGUCUUCAUCUAUUAAGAGUUAAACUAUAGGUGACCAUUUGACAAAACCUGAAGACAUCACUAGACUAUGGAUGCAGACAUUGAGCCAAUGGAUCCAUUGAUCCUUUAAUGUCUUCACUAUCAGCAGCACUCCUGAAUUUGCUGAGUCACAUCAAGUGCACUUGUAGAACUCAUCUCUGCUCUUCAUGCAGCCGUGCUUUGAAGGGAAUACCCUAUACAGUACACUGUGAAUGCCUUGGCCAGUGUGAUAAUGCAUCUGGAGCAAUGUGGUCCCUUCAGAAUGAUGACAAGGAUGAUGAAAUGUAAAUAUGGUCCAACCUUAUCACCAAAUGAUUGUUUACUGAUUGAAUACUGCAAUCUGUAGUGUUGAGGAUAAUACUUUUGAAUGAUUUAAUUUAUGUUAUAUAAAGUAGGAUUACAGUAAGUUUUGUGUCAAAAUGUUACAUUGAUUGAGUUUCUGGUAAAAAUUAAUAUGAGCAGUCAUGCCAUUUAUCAUAUUAUAAUUAUUAUUAUUAUUAUUAUUAUUAUUAUCAUUUUGUGGUUAUAAAUUAGGAGCAGAACAGUGUAUUAUGGGAUGGGAUGAAUUGAAAGGAUUAACUAUCUGUCUAUUUAUAUCUCCGACGCCUUGCUCCGUUGCUGGAACUUCCCUCCAGGGGGUGGUCGCCGCAGAAGUGUCUCCAUCUCUCCUUGUUCUGGCACUCCCUCUCAGCAUAUUCAAUCCUGCUACUUCCAACUCUCUCGCUCCAAUACUUACUCACCCUGUUGAUCCACUUCACAGGUGGUCUUCCCCUGACACCCCGCCCCUCAAUCCUUCCCUCAUACACUCUCUUCACGAAUCCAUUCUCACCACGUACCCAGACCAUCUCAAUGCACCACGCUUCACCCACUCCACCACUCCUCACCACUCCUUUUGCUGUCGCACUGAUACAAAACCACUCAUACACACUUUCAUUACUUUCUCCGUCCCAUCCUGAUACACCACAUGCACCUCUUAUAUAACUCAUUUCCACUGCACGUAUUCUUGAUUGCUGUGAUGUGUUCCAUGUCCACGUCUCUGAUACAUAUGACAGAGCUGGCAGAAUAAUACUGUUCCUUAUUCCCCUCUUUACCUCUAUGCUCAUACUUCUUCCUUUCAUAACUCUCUCCAAUGCACCCACCACUUGUCUGCCCUUCACUGCUCUUUCCCUCACCUCACCUUCCAUACUGCCAUGCUUACAUAAAACAGUCCCUAAAUAUUUAAAUUCAGUCACCUCCUCCAUUCUCUCCUUCCCCAACCUUAUCCUACACUUCAUUGUACCCUCUGCUCUAACUCUGUACGGCUUUGCAAAAUCAGUGACCUGUUCUCUCGCCCUCUCAAAUGCCAUAACUUUUCUCUUUUCAGCAUUCACUCUCAGCUUUCUCCUCUCAACCCUUUCACUGCACGGGCUUGGGAGGCAACUAUCCCCUCAGGCGCAGUCGGGCACCCCAAUGGGGGGUCUCUUUUAACCUCUGUAUCUCAAAAACUAUUCAUCACAGCUAAAAACCAAAAACACCAUUGGAAAGAGGAGGCCCAGAUCUAUAGGAGUCGGUUAUGUAUGCCUCUCUUGUGAACGUACAUGCACGUUCAGGGAGUGUUGAAUGUUAACACUUACGUCAGGGUGAGCCAUUUUGAGGCAACUGCAGACAUCUCUCCUUGAGGUUCUGGCAAGGUAGUAUUGCCAACUGCAAUAUUUACAACUAUUUGGUCAAAGAAUUAGUCAGGGGAUAAAUGAAGCUAUGCAAAAAUGCCGCUAUAUCGGACAAAAACAUCCACCAGUUACUAAUCUGUAGAUUUUCCGCGCUGGGCUGUAUUGUUGUUCAAGUGGCGCGCGGGAAGAGCUGAGCUCAGCUUUGUGGCCGCGGCAUCGUGUGAGUUGUGUGAGACAUCGAUGGCCACUCCAUAAAAUAUCGCGUAUAGGUGAAAAAAAAGUGUAAAUUAAACAUUUAUUUGUUAUUUCAAAGACGCGUAAACCAAACUUGUGUAAAUCGAGAGUUACCUGUACCAUGAAAUUUUUUUAGAGUUUUUAGAAAAUAGAAGCCCAAUGUGAAACUUGUCUUCACCAACAAAUUUUGGAUUAUAUUUUGCUGUAAAUUAACAUCCUGCUGUAUAUAAUCAAUACAGCAGGAUAUGAGCUUGUAGCUGCUCUGUUACAGGAUUUAAUCAUAAUAUUACAUCCUGUAAUAUAACAACUUCCUUUUUUAUUUUGUUUUUUAUUUUAUUACAUCAAUAUAAUAAUAUUAUGGAAGACAAAUUGUCAACUCUGAUAUUCUUUACAUUCCUUAAAAUCUGCACGUAACCCAAUAUAAGAUGUUAGUUAUUAUGAUUAAGUCUCUGUAAUGAACACCACUGAGUGCCGGGAAUUGAACCCGAGCCUUCCGAGUAGAAGCCAGGCAGCAUACUAAGACCAAUACCAAUACCAGUUCAAUUCCUGGCACUCAGUGGUGUUCAUUACAGUUAUUUUCAGUGUUAUUGCAGUUUCUCUAAUGAUUAAGUCUGCAAAACCAAUACAUGUAGGAUAAAGAAAGGCAUAACAGAUUUAUUAUAUUUACUUUGGGAGAAGCUUACUCAUCUAAUGCUUUACACUAAUCAUAUUUGGAAAUGAAGAUUACAAGAACAUACAUUUCCCAGUGAUUUACAGAAUGAGAUUAAUUCUUAAUACUUAGUUUACUGGAGAGUAAUCAGUAGCCUUUUCGUCCUCGAAGCCUCUGCCGUGUGUCCAGCUGGUGGUAAGGAGAAAUUCAUAUAAGUGGAAGUUUUGAUAAGACAUCCAGAGUUUAGUAGGAACUAUAGGAAGCACUAGGCCUCAAGUAUAUGUAUUUGUAUGUGGCACAAUUGAUGACUCACCUGUAGGUACAAGCUGUUAGGAAAUAUUCUAAAAUUGUUAAGGUUUUUGCAAAAUAACUGGGAAGUGUAUGUAUUUGUAUGUGGCACAAUGGACCAUAUUGGCUAUACAGGCAGUGCCACAUGUGGCCACUCAACUCUAAGCUGUAUUUUCCAUAGAGUUUAAGUUAUAGACUAGAGUGUGUCUGAGGCUGUCUCAGGGAUACACGGCCAUGAUGCCGCCGUCGCCCCAAGCCGAUGAUUGCACACACUUCACUCCUACACGAUGUCAGUUUUUCUCCAUGUCAAAUAGUAGUCAGGAAAUUGGGUAGGAGUAAAGUGUGUGCAGUCGUUGGCUUGGAGCGGUGGCGCCACCAAGGCCUUGUAUCCUGGAGGCAACCUCAGAUGUACUCCAGUACAGAACUUGAGUUCUAUGGAAAGUACUGCUUUGACAGUUCACUGAGUGGCCACAUGUGGCGGUGCCUGUAUAGCCAAUACGGUCCAUUGAUGACUCACCUGUAGGUACAAGCUGUUUGGAAAUGUUCUAAAAUUGUUAACCCCUUCAUUACGGCUGGGCUAAAACAGCACUCCACGCUGUAUCUGGAAUCGCCGUGCGCGCCAAAUUUCAAGUGUCGCUAUUGAAUAUAACAAGUUUUCAGCCCUAAACUCAACAUAAUCAUCAUGUAUUAUAUUUGAAAACAUGCAAAAAUAAAUGGUGCACAUAAAGAAACUCA